ACUUCAUCGCCAUCCUUUUUAACUAACAGUUGGUUUGUUUUAACCGAUGCCCUACGAUUAUGUUUGGUCUUCCGAUCACCCGGACGCAGCCAGCGUUGUCGAUUGGCAACGUGGGGCAGCUCGCCGUCGACCUUCUCAUAUCCUCGUCGCGGGCGAGGUGGGUGGCCUACCUCGACGAGUCCUCCGUGCUGCCCUGCGCCGGCAAUGACGCCUUCGGCCCUGACGCCGUCGGCGACCUCGCACUCGCUCUCGAAGCUUAUGAAUCUACAUCUCAUAAGCUGGCUUUCAUUCAGCAAAGGUCUCCAGUUACUACAGUACGUUGAUCUCAGCCUUUAGUUGUAUGGUGGUAUUGGACCCUGUUUACUUCAAUCUAAUUGAUACAUAUUUUCUUUUGUAAUUACCUUUUGGUUGGGACAAGGAAAAUGGAUAAAGCUUUAGCGCCAGUGUGCCACUGUA